AUGAAGCUCCUCACUAAGGAAGAAGAAGCUGCCCACUACAGCUCUGUCGUUAAGGGUGGCUCCCUGGGCGGCGUUGUCGGUCUUGUUGCUGGUACAGCAGGUGUACUCCUCGCCUCAAGACGAUUCCACACCAUCCGAAACCUCACAACUCCCAUGAAGGCCUUCCUCGUCACCUCAUCUGGAACCUUCGUCGGAAUUAUCGCCGCCGACCAUGCUUCCCGCACCUUUGAAACCCAGCACAACGCCGAGAAGCUCUGGUACGAGAACCGCGAAGAGCGUCUGCGCGCCGAGGAAUCUCGCGGUCUCAGCAUCUCUGAUCGCGUUGUCGCAUUCGCACGUCGCGAGAAAUACAAGAUUGUUGGCGCUACUUGGGUCGCCUCUAUGCUUGGAUCCUUCGUCCUUGUUAGCCGUAACCCUUACCUCUCUGGUCAACAGAAGCUCGUCCAGGCUCGUGUCUACGCUCAGGGAUUGACAUUGGGUGUUCUGUGCGCGUCUGCUGCAUUUGAGAUCUCGGAUCAGCGUCGCGGUCGCGGACUUAUGGAGGCGGCUAAGAAGGGCAAGGCUGCGCAGAAGGAAGUGGCGGAAGCUCCCCCUGUUCACCAUACCCCCAAUGAUGAGAGUGAUCUAUGGAAGGAAAUGGUUGCUGCUGAAGAGCAGCGGUUGAAGUCUAAGCACCAGACUCUGAGCUUGAAGUCUGAGCACGACGCUGUGGAGAAGAAGAAGCAUGCUCCUGACUCCAAGUUUGAGGAGAAGAGUGAGGGUGCUGAGAAGACUAAGCAGGAGGAUGAGGCUGAGAAGCCCAAGGAGGAGUCUGAAGCUGAACAGUCUCAGACUGAAACCGAGGAGAAGAAGGCUUAA